ACCUCUGGUUGGUCAAUAUAACACCUGAUGAAUGCCAAAAUCAUUUACUAUAUGAUCGUUACUUCGGUGAAGAAUGACGUUCAUUUAGAAAAAAAAGAGCACUUGUGUUAAACAUCUUUGGGAAUACUUCGUUUAACUAUUCAGGAAGGUAGAAAGAGUUUGCGUUGGCAAUAGGUUUUUGUAUGAGGUAUGGCUAAGCUACAAACUUUGAUGUUGGUCGUUUUCAUUGCUGUUUGUUGUACACUGGCCAACUCACAAGUUCUGACAUCUGUCCCGAGGAACGUGGCAUCGACCACACGCAUCAGGGGUCCACAGAAUGUACAGGGAGCAGACAGAAAGAGACUCGGAUGCGUUCUACAACCAGUUCCAAACUCAAUAAAUAAGUAUCGAGUGCACUUGUUCUCCCUCGGAACAUCUCUAGACUUCUACUGUGCACAAGGAACUAUAUUUUACCCUGACAAAUGUGCCUGUGAUUGGCCAAAAGACAGGAACAUGGUGUUACCAGCCGUUCCAACAACCAUUCGUCCCCAGACGAGGCCGUUCCCAGACCGGACUGUAAGACCUGGACGUCGACCAGUUAUUGACAAUGUCCGCCCAUUUAUGACCACCACACCUGAACCAUGCAGAUUCCGUGCCGACCCUGACAGGAACUUCUAUCAGGAGUUUGUCAUUGGAUUCGGGUGGAGCAAACGCCCAUGUCCUAUCGGUACCCUGUACAGAGAGGAGUCGUGUAAAUGUGAUGACAUAGCCCCCGUAUCUACUUUACGAUGCCGAGCAGAGCUGUACGUCCCAUUCGAUGUUAUGCCAAUAGCCGAUGGUGCCGGCACCAGCAUUCCCAUUGGUAACAACGGUAACGUUGAUUCUGUUGCCAAUGCUGGACGAUUUGACGGUAGUGGACGUCUAACUAUCUGGAUGUACUCAAACAUGGAUUUUGGCGAACUGUUGACGAUUAACCUGAGAUUCUAUGACUUUCCAGGAGGACAAGAAGAGCAAGUUUUAGUUUCGAAUUGCUUUGACAAGGAACUUGGUUCCAUUGAGAUUGCAACACGUCCGCGAAAGAAGGAAGUUGUAUUCCGUGGUAACACGGCUCAAUCUGGACCAGUAGAAAUAGCUCUUCCUUAUCAGGAGAAAAUGUGGAAGAAUGUGACGUAUGCUUAUGACGGGUCCACACUUACUGGAAAGGUUAAUGGCGAAGAAAAAUCUAUUCCCCUCAGAGGAAACCUCGAUAUCAGAUUUAGUGGAUUUGAAAUCGGGAUGUGCAACGGGCGCGGAUAUGUCGGCUAUGUGGAUGAGUUGAGAGUAUACAGAUGUGUGAAUCACUUUGGACUAACAAGACCUAAUAACAAUUUUGGAUUUACGAGACGAGUGAUAUAGUGAAUUAUUCAUAUUUAGAAAGUGUUUUAAUAUUUUUGUCAUGUUAUUAAUUGAUAGUGAACAUUCAAAUUCCAUAAAACGCUGUCAUAGGUGUAGGCAGCAAGCGAAAUUGCACCUGAAAGAUGUACAUAAACAAAGAGAGUUUUGCUACGUGACAUUUCACACCGAUAUUUGCUGUAGGUGACUCAAUGAAAUAUGAUAUAAUAAUCUGACUUAAGAUAUGUUCUUUUGACGAUAAUAAUUAACAGUGUGUCUUUAUUACUGGAAUUAUCCGAUAAACCGUCGAGAUUAUCUAAUCAUGUCAGUACUUAUCCGAUGGUCCUGAUUCCCAGUUAGUGGUCAAAAGAUCCGAUUACUCUUUUAUUAUACAACAUAGUCCCAUAUCCCCCAGUCUAAUUUUUCAGCCAGUCUAGCAGAGGACGCCGAAGACUGAAUUAUCGAGGGCUGCCCUGUUGGUGCAGAGGGUAGGGCGUAUAAACAUUUACGGUUAGACCUCUCAAAUACCUUUUCCUCCUAUGUUUAUGUAGGUAUCUGUUAUUUCUUCGAUGUUUGAAAUUCCUACCCCCCUCCCCAUUCCUUACAUAAACCAAGUUUAAAAAAAAAAACUGUCAAUGAAAAUUACAUAUUAUGUGUGAGAGAUUGGUAAACUAAAUAUUCUUUUGAAUUUUAUUACUCAAAAUGACAUGUUGUUGAUAUACCGAGGUACAAUCAAAAUCAUACACAACGUUACUAAUUUUACGCCGGGAUAUGUCAUAAGGGGUGACUUUAUUAAGCAAUUGAAUGGUUUGACCAUGGAUAUACUCAAUAAAUACGAAAAUAUAUGGUGCAGUAUGAGUAUGAAUUCUUCCUCAUAGGAGCAAGCUUUUUAACGAUGUCCUGUAUGGUAAAAGUAAUUUCAUACAAACUGUUCAUCAAGUUACUUUUAUAACUUAACAUGACAUUGAUACAUAAUCUGAACAGUAUAUGUGCAUCCAAUGUAAUCGUAAUAUAGAAUUGUAACAGACUGGCUCUAGGAUGUAUUAGUGCUUAAGCAUAAUAUAUCAGAUACAUAACGAAACUUCAUUUUACCGAUCAUUAAUAAGGUAAUGCAUUCAGCGUGAAAUUCGCUGAAAUGAAAUUACUGCUAAAAGAUUACGUUCACAGUAUGUAUCCUAUUUCAUCAGGUCAUGUGAUGCUUUUUUCGCAAUCAUUGCCGUAGCAAUCUUUAUAUUGCAUGUUAGCAUACUGUUCAGGGAACUUCAUUAAGAUACAAUUCCUUGUAUAUCUUAUAUAUAACACCAAAUUAAAUGUCAGGGAAAAAUAAGUUUAUUGUGUCGAUAAGUUUCUUUUCAGUAAGAUUGACGUUUAAAUGCAUUAGCCUGUACAUAUAUGUAGUUACUUAUAUCUGUAUAAUGUAUAUAGCACUACUGUUCAUUUGUAUGUUUUAAAUGUACAUAUAUGUAUAUGUCCUUGAUGCUUCAAAUGUCGAAUAACGUGCUUGUUUAAUACAAUGCCAUAAGCAGUGUCUCAGCAGAUUGUUUUAUCUGUAAUAAGCAUUUGAGUGACAAACUGAUUACCACGUGUACAAUUUGGACCUAGAUUCAUUAACACUGAUCUAUAUUUUUGAUAUGUGUUAUUGUUCAAUCAACUUACUGGUAAAUUUCUACUUAAAGAUUGUUUUCAUUUUUACGUUGUAACAUAAUAUGAUCAUCAAUGUUUCAUACGGGACAUGUGUGUAUGAACAGAAAUAGGAUGGUUUCGUGGAGUAAAUAAAGUUCAUACUAUAUACUAG